AUGGCGGAUGCAGUGACGACGCUCCGCACGGAGAUGGGGCGAAAGGCUUCGCACGAGCAGCUGGAGGAUUUGGAGCAUCAGCAAUGCAAGGCCUUCGAGCGCUUCGUUGGCCGAUGGGAGGCCUGUGCCGAGGCACGCCGCCGGAAUCUGCAGGAUGAGGUAAGCACCGCGAUCUGUGAGGUACAAAGGCCCGCAGCCAAGGCUGUCGAAGGGCAGCUUCGACCCAAGGAGGCAGUGCCGCUCAACCCAAUGCCAAGUUGGCAGAUGGAGUUGCAGCGAAAAGUGGACGAGAUACAGGCAAGACUACCUGCGGCAAGAGUUUCAGCCGCCAGCGCAAACCGCUUAGAGGACCUGUGCCAGAUGCAGACCGAGUUGAAGCGGGAGCUCGCGGGCUUGCGGACCGAGCUGUCUAACCAGGUCAGCCAACUCAAGCUUGAGGGCACCACAGAGGCACGGACGAAGUCCACACUCUCAGAGCACUGGGAGCAACGCUACCAGUCCCUCACAGCCACGGUUGACAGCCUCAAGGCCGGCUUGGAGGCCACCCGCCGAAGUAUCAAAGAGGCCUCUGCCAUGCCAGAGCAGGCGUGGCUCGACGGUCUCAGACUCCGUGUAGAUGCCUGUGCAGAGGGCGUGGCCUCGGAGGUGCGGAUUCGAGAGGAAUCAACGCAGCGGCUGGAGUCUCUCCUGCAGAAGACGCGCCAAGAUCUAGAGGCAAAGAUCGACGCUGUCGGAGGUGCCCUGGAAAAGCAGUUCCACGGAGUUCUUGCGAGCCAGAAUGACAAGGGCCUCCAUCUCGAGCUCAUGGGAGCCAUGCAGCUGGAGCUCCAGAAGAGACAGGACGCCGAGACAUCUCUCCGGGACCUGCAAUGCGAGAUGGUGGAGAUGCGCUCAAAGCUGCUGCGGAAGGAGCAUGCGUUGCUGGAAGCCUCGGGCUUCAGAGAGCCCAGCAAGGAGGUCGCUCGAGAGGUCAGCAAGGAGGAGCCCACAACCUGGCGCCCCGGGCUCACAGGCACGCUCUUCUCUGAGCCAAUGCUUUCUCGGGAGCCAGCGCCAAGCAAUGGCACAGGACCUUCCCCGGAAACAGGCAGCCCGUUGAGCGAUCUCCGGGCAUCCUCAACUCCGGGAAUUCUUCGCCCAAAGAUGCCGCCACGCUUCCAGCAAUGGCCAACUUGA